CCAGAGAGACCUCGCCCCUCGAACCCAGCACCCAGCACCCAUCACAUUCACCUUUCACCAUGGCGCAAAAAACCACCCUCAAGGAGUUCGAGGCCGUCUUCCCCAAGCUCGAGGCCGUCCUCGUCGAGCAUGCCCAGAAGUACAAGCUCCCCGCGGAGGAGCUCGCGUGGUACAAAAAGAGUCUUGAGAUCAACACGCUGGGCGGCAAGUGCAACCGCGGCAUGUCCGUCCCCGACUCGGUCUCCCUCCUCCUCGAGAAGCCCUUGACCGAGGAGCAGUACUUUGAGGCCGCCACCCUCGGCUGGAUGACCGAGCUCCUCCAGGCCUUCUUCCUCGUCUCCGACGACAUUAUGGACUCGUCCAUCACGCGCCGCGGCAAGCCCUGCUGGUACCGCCACGAGGGCGUCGGCAUGGUCGCCAUCAACGACGCCUUCAUGCUCGAGGCCGCCAUCUACACCCUCCUCAAAAAGUUCUUCCGCUCGCACCCGUCCUACGUCGACCUCAUCGAGCUCUUCCACGACGUCACCUUUGAGACGGAGAUGGGCCAGCUCUGCGACCUGCUCACGGCCCCCGAGGACAAGGUCAACCUCGACAACUUCUCCAUGGACAAGUACAGCUUCAUCGUCAUCUACAAGACGGCCUACUACUCGUUCUACCUGCCCGUCGCCCUCGCCCUGCACUGCCUCAACAUUGCCACGCCCAACAACCUCAAGCAGGCCGAGGCCAUCCUCAUCCCCCUCGGCGAGUACUUCCAGGUCCAGGACGACUACCUCGACAACUUUGGCCUGCCCGAGCACAUUGGCAAGAUCGGCACCGACAUUAUGGACAACAAGUGCGGCUGGCUCGUCAACCAGGCCCUGCAGAUCGCCGGCCCCGAGCAGCGCCAGAUCCUCGAGGACAACUACGGCCAGAAGGACAAGGCCAAGGAGGCCGUCGUCAAGAAGCUCUACGACGACCUCAAGCUCAAGGACCGCUACGAGGCCUUUGAGGAGAAGCGCGCCGCCGAGAUCCGCGACAUGAUCAACAACAUUGACGAGAGUGAGGGCCUCAAGAAGACCGUCUUUGACGCCUUCCUCGCCAAGAUUUACAAGCGCACCAAAUAG